GACAUCUUGCAAGAUUAGAUACGAUGAGAGCACAGAAACACUGCAUUUUGAUUUGUGAAUAAGUCAAAAUGACUGCUGAUGCAGAGAAAAAGGAAGAUGAAAAGAUCCCAGAGGAUCUUUUUAAAGAUGUGACGUAUUACGUGGUCGGCGAUAUCGACCAACAGGUACUUGCUCUUUUGAAUGCUGGAGGAGCUAAGCGAGACACCUAUUUGAGUCAGAUGGUGAGCCAUGUCAUUGCUGAUGAUCACACACAGGAUGACUACUCAGAAGCCAAGGAACUCUUUGAACUCCCAGUGGUCACGAGCCAGUGGGUGACCUUGUCUGUGAAAUGCAAGAAAAGACUUCCUAUUGAAAUAUUUGCACCAGAAGGACGUUUGUUAUCUGGAGUGGUAGCUUGUUCCUCACAGUUGGAGCCAGAUGAUGCCAAGGCACUGUGGGGUAUGGUGACCUACUAUGGAGGUCGAUGUCAACAGAACCUAGACCAGAGUUGUACCCAUCUCAUCACCUACAACACUGAGAGUGAAAAGUACCGAGCUGCCUCCUUGCAUGUAUCUGAUAUGAAGAUUGUCACUCCUGACUGGGUCACUGAUAGCAUCAGCAAGGGAGAGAGGCUUGAUGAGACGAUUUAUGACCCGGAAUUAAUUGAGUAUCCACGCCCAAAGUCCCCAACGCCACCUCCUCCACCCCCACGGGAGCCUUCCCCACCACCAGUCAUGUUUCCUGAGGCCAUGGAUAUCAAUGACCAGAUGAUGCAAAAUCAGUAUCUACACAUGAUGGGUAACCAUGGGAACCAUCCUCGGCAACGUGGGGAGAUGACUGCACGGUCGCCCGGAAAUCAGGUGAACACCCCCUUCCAGCAGUCCGCCAUGGCUGCUUUAGAGCGACGCGUGUCAGGGGAGGAGUCAGGAGCAGGGUCAAGGCCACCUACACCUAGUGCUAAAGAGGCAUUGGCUCGCAUGGUCAACAAUCGCAUACAGGCUGGAGGACAACCACGAGCCAUUCACUCUCCUAAAUCUCCAGGGAAGCCACACCCUGCCAUGCCUGGUGGUAUAAGCAUGCCUUCUCCUCACCAAAUGCAACAGGCAGGAUUGGGCAGUUAUGUAGGCAUGCCAGGCCCAGGGUUGUCUCCCUUCCCUGGGCAUGACCCCAUGGGGAUGCAGAAUCAACAAGGGAAUCAACCACAGCGAACGUUACGAAACAUCACCAAUGCAGGCCCACAACACCCAUCACCUGGACCACGUCCAAACACAAACAAGAUUAAUCAAAUUCUUGGCCUGAAUAUGAAUGUGCCACACCGUCAUCCUCCUCCACGAUAUGGAUCAGCCACAGGGUCACAGAAAGGUCAACACCCAUCCCAGUCACCACUGAUGCCAACAUAUUGGGGUCAUGACCCUACAGACAAUGUGCCUGCCGACAUGUGUUUGCUGGGAUGUAUCUUCUACAUAACUGAUUACCAAAAGAUUGUGGGUCCAGAUCAGAUUGACAACUGGAAAAAGGUGAUUGGACAGCAUGGUGGCCAGGUGGAUCCGGCUUAUUCCAAUCGUGUGACUCAUAUCUUGUGUGCCAACCAACACAGUGACGUGUUUGCACUGGGUUUGAAGGACCAGCGACGUGUUGUGACAGCUUACUGGCUGAAUGAUGUACUUCUACGUAAGAGGAUGCUUCCUCCAUGGCAGGCCUUGCAUAUUCCACUUAUCUUCGCUGACGUGAAACCCUGCUCAAACCAGAUUAUCUGUGUGACAAACUUUGAGGGGGAUGAGAGAAUGCGUAUCAAACAGAUGAUCAAUGCCAUCGGAGCUAAAUACACUGGUUAUAUGACUCAUUCAAACUCUGUACUCGUCUGUAAGAGACCAGAAGGAGAAAAGUAUGAAAAAGCCAAGGAAUGGCACUUACCUGUAGUGAAUGCUCAGUGGCUCAGUGAUCUAGUUCUCGGUAACUUGGAUGCUCUGAAACUUCCUAUCAAUCCUCGUUAUCUUCUACAAACUGUCCAUCAUUUGAUCCUCGUUAACAAUCUUCUACAGCUGGAUACAAGUCGUAUUGGACAUUUAUUAGUUGGUUGGAGGAAUCCUAUGAAGAUUCAGAAAGAAGUAUGGAAGCGAUUUUUACCUGGUCUGCCAAAGUCCCGCCCUGCUGCAGUAUCUGGCCAGGAGAAUGUACAUAUCCCAAAGCCUGAGGCAGCUGAACCACCUGUUAAAAAAGCCAGAAUGGAUCUAAAUAAAGAGGACCAGUCCAUUCUAGACAGACCUGGGCCGAGAGUCAUGUUCACAGGGUUUCCUCGCGGCAUUGCUAGACGACUACAAUCUAGUGCUAUGCAGCUGGGUGCCAAUAUCACAGAGAAUCCUCGUUAUUGUACACAUCUUGUAACCCCAGCCUUUUCCCGCACCCUGAAGUUCUUCAUUGCUAUCAAUGUUUGUAAAUAUGUGGUAACGCGCAACUGGAUUGAGGACAGUCUGGAACAGAAUCGAUUCCUGGAUGAGGCAAACUAUAUGCUGAGAGAUUUAAAGGCGGAGAAAGAAAUGCAGUGUAGUCUACAGGAGUCUCUAGCUCGGGCUCAUGUCAAACCUCUAUUCCAGGGAUUGACAUUCUACAUUACACCAAGUGUGAAUCCUCCUGUUGGUGACCUCAUCAAUAUUGUGGAGAGUGCAGGAGGCAAAGUAGUGAAGAGGAGGCCGGGACUACGAACCUUUAUCUCAAUGAAGGAUGAGCAGGGAAAUCCAAAAUGUAUACUUAUUACCUGUGAAAACGACAUGCAUUUAUGUCGAGAUUUACUGGCGAAGAACAUAGCUAUGUACAAUGCAGAGUUCAUUCUUACCGGAGUGAUCAGACAGAAAACAGACUUUCGAAUGUUUCAAAUUGAAGUUCAUUGACACAACCUGGAAGUAGAAUGACGUAAACAAACCAAUCCAAGGCAGCUAACCCCGUCACAAACUCUUCAUGCAAGACUGAAGGUACAGCUCUGUGAUCCAGUGAAGUGAUCAGUAGUGGAGACACGGUGUGCCUGAAUCCAUAUGACCAGGGUUUUAACAGGAUAGUUUGGUGGAGAUGUGUUUCAUAUAUCAUUUUUUAUUUUAUGAAGGAAUGGACAAGAAUUAUAUAGAGAGAAAUGUGAAGCUUUGAACUAGUCAAGUUUGAACAGAUGAGAGAGAUUUUAUGUGAGGAUAUAUAUGCUAGAGAUGGAAGUUUUAGUUUUGAAAAGAUGAAAAAACAUUAUUUUGUGAGACAUUCCGUUUGAAUGGACGAUAAUUGAGAUUAUUUAGUUAAAAGUUCUUAAGUGAAAAAUAAAUGUUUUUGAUUCGGAAUAAAAAUGAUUUGAGAGGGAUUAUAUGUUACCCUGCAUAUUGGAAUAUAGCACAGUAGGUUGUGUGUUUAUAUUCUUUAUUCAUGUGUCAAAUCUACAAGUCUGUUUCUAGUGGUAUAUUUACUCUGGUAAUAGGGUGUUUGUUAGUUGAUGUGAAAGAUGAGGUCUAGUUUAGAUGAGAGAUGAGCUGUGUGUUAGUUGAUGUGAAAGGUAAGGUCUAGUUUAGAUGAGAGAUGAGCUGUGUGUUAGUUGAUGUGAAAGGUAAGGUCUAGUUUAGAUGAGAGAUGAGCUGUGUGUUAGUUGAUGACAGAGAUGAGCAGUGUGUUAGUUGAUGACAGAGAUAAGUUGUGUGUUAAUUGAUAACAGAGAUGAGCUGUGUAUUAAUUGAUGACAGAGAUAAGUUGUAUGUUAGGUGUGAGGUGGAGAGACAGGGUGAUAAGUAAUUCUCCUUCAGUGGGUUUUUUUAUAGCAGUGAGUUUAUGUAUGUAUACUUGCAUAUAUCUGUAUGUUUUUGUUUGUUGUUUUUUUUUUUUCAAUUUUUCUACCCCAUGUAGUUCUGAGCAUGUAGAUCAUGAAAGUAAAAAUAAAUAAAAACAUA